CUUCUUCUGAGGGGGAGAAUAGUUCACUCUCCUUGAGGGCCUAAGAAGGAUCAGUUUACAGGCUCCAGCAUGGGGUGGGACCCUUCCUCCUUCCCCUGUCUUAGCACUGGCACUUGGUCUGGUGAGCACCACUAGCCCACAGUGGGUCAGAAAACAUUACAGAACUCCUCUCUCCCCCACCCGAAACACAUUCAGCCCUUGCACUGACCUGGCUUCUGAUUGGAGGCUGGUUGCUUCGGAUAAUAACCUCCAGGACCCCACUGUUGGUUACAGCCUGUUUGUAAUAUUCUUACUGCAACUCAAGACACCUGCGGCAGGGUGUGAGAAAACGUAAAAGACCAGCAUUUUCACAUCCCCAGGUACCAGAAACACAGAAGACUGACACUCGCCACCUAGGUGGGGUCAGGGCUGGUGUCUGCCCAUGUUGCCAACUGGAUGGGCUGCUUGCCACAAUGAGGGAUCUUCUUCAAUACAUCGCUUGCUUCUUUGCCUUUUUCUCUACUGGGUUUUUGAUUGUGGCCACCUGGACUGACUGUUGGAUGGUGAAUGCUGAUGACUCUCUGGAGGUGAGCACAAAAUGCCGAGGCCUCUGGUGGGAAUGCGUCACCAAUGCUUUUGAUGGAAUUCGCACCUGCGAUGACUACGAUUCCAUAUUUGCGGAACAUCCCUUGAAGCUGGUGGUAACUCGAGCACUGAUGAUUACUGCAGAUAUUCUAGCUGGGUUUGGAUUUCUCACCCUGCUCCUUGGUCUUGACUGCGUGAAAUUCCUCCCUGAUGAGCCGUACAUCAAAGUCCGCAUCUGCUUUGUUGCUGGAACUACAUUACUAAUAGCAGGUACCCCAGGAAUCAUUGGCUCUGUGUGGUAUGCUGUUGAUGUCUAUGUGGAACGUUCUACUCUGGUUUUGCACAAUAUAUUUCUUGGUAUCCAAUAUAAAUUUGGUUGGUCCUGUUGGCUAGGAAUGGCUGGGUCUCUGGGUUGCUUUUUGGCUGGAGCCGUUCUCACUUGCUGCUUACACCUUUUUAAAGAUGUUGGACCUGGGAGAAGCUAUCCUUAUUCCUUGAGGAAAGCCUAUUCAGUUGCAGGUGUUUCCAUGACCAAGUCAUACUCAGCCGCUCGAACUGAGACUGCCAAAAUGUAUGCUAUAGACACAAGGGUGUAA